AGGCAGCUGGGCGUCAGUGUUCUCCCCUUCACCAGUCUCUUCACACUGUUCUGUUCUCAAAUCAAAAUGAACUAUUCUCUGUUACUUUUGUUACUUUUAGGUAUUUGCGCUGGUCAAAUUCAGCAACAGGAGCCAAAGAUAACAAUAGAUCCGGAUGGAGAGAUACCUGUGGUCGAGGGCUUUGGUGGCAACAUUGACAUAGUCGAGGAGGACGAUGUCUUGGUGUUGACCCGGGAUAACUUCCUUCAUGUUGUUAACUCAAGAGAUGUUAUUUUGGUUGAAUUUUAUGCUCCAUGGUGUGGCCACUGCAAGCAGUUAGCUCCUGAAUAUGCUGCAGCUGCCACAGAACUGAAAGAAGAAGGGAUAAGUUUGGGUAAAGUGGAUGCCACCAAGGAGCAAGAGCUGGCCAAGGAGCAUCUUGUAUCUGGCUAUCCAACCAUUAAACUCUUCAAGAAGGGUCAGCCUGUUGAAGAUUACAGUGGUGCAAGAGAUUCCAGAGCACUGGUGGACUACAUGCGUAUACAUGCUGACCCUAACUAUGAGCCUCCUCCCUCUGCUGUUGUUGUCCUCACUACUGCCAACUUUUCAAAAACUGUCAAGUCCAAAGACCUCAUCCUUGUAGAAUUCUAUGCCCCCUGGUGUCGACAUUGCAAAGCUCUUGAGCCAGACUAUGAAGCUGCAGCAAAGGAUCUUAAAGAACACAGCAUUCCUUUAGCCAAGGUUGAUGCAACAGAGGAGAAGGAAAUUACUGAUGAAUAUGGAGUUAAAGGAUACCCAACUUUGCUGGUGUUCCGCAAUGGGAGACAAUUUGAGUAUAAAGGAAAGCGUGAUCAUUCUGGUAUUGUUGACUAUAUGAAGGAACAGGCUCGGUUGCCCUCAAGAGAGGUACAAACUGCUCUGGAGGCCCAGAACAACUUUGCAAGAACAGAUGCGAAUGUGAUUGCUUAUUUUUCAGAAAAGAAUGAUAUGUUUGAAGAAUUCAUUGGAGCUGCAAAUGAAUUACGAGGCAAGUUAUCCUUCUUCCAUACCUUUGAUGAUGUCACUGCUGAGCAGCUCAAGCUGAAGGUCAACACCAUCACCAUCAUCAUGCCAGAGAUCUAUCAUUCAAAAUAUGAAGAUAAAGUGUUCAGGUAUAAUAAGGCAACAGGAACGUACAGGGAAAUAGCAGCUUGGAUUGAAAAAAAAAGUAUACCUUUGGUCGGGCAACGCACGAUGAGUAACAAGGAGUUCAAAUAUGCAGCUCGGCCUCUUGUUGUGAUAUAUUAUGAUGUGAACUUUUCUCAUCAGUAUAUAAAAGACACCCAGUACAUCCGUAACAAGAUACUGCCGGUGGCUGACAAGAACCGAGACCUCCUCUUUGUUGUGUCAAACGAGGAAGAAUUUGAAGAGGAGUUACAGAGUCUUGGUCUGGAGGACUCUGGAGAGUCUGUGAAUGUGGCUGCUUUUGCAAACAAUUUGAAAUAUCCAAUGGAUCCGGAGGAUGAAUUUAGUGCUGAUGUCCUCAGUGAUUUUGUUGACAAACUUAAAAGUGGGAAGUUAACUCCACACUUGAAGUCUCAACCAGUUCCUAAGCAUCAAGAUGGCCCUGUACGUGUGAUUGUUGCCAAGAACUUUGAACAGGAAGUAAUGCUCACCAAGAAAGAUGUUCUUAUUGAGUUCUAUGCUCCAUGGUGUGGCCACUGUAAGAACCUCGACCCAAUAUACAAGAAGUUGGCUAAACAGUUGUCAAAGAUUAAUCCAGAUGUUGUGGUUGCCAAGAUGGAUGCCACAGCAAAUGAUGUAUAUCCCCUGUUUAAAGUGGAAGGAUUCCCAACCAUCUACUUCCUGAAGGCUAAUGAGAAGGAUAACCCCAUACCAUUUAGUGGUGACAGAUCACUUAAGAAGCUCAAGGAGUUUGUUGCACAAGAAGCCACCAUCUUUAAUGUUGAGCAGGAGGCUCACCAAGGCAGAGUAGAACUAUAGAUGAAGAAUGUUUGUGGACAAGUUUCUUGGAUAUUAUUUUUCAACCUAGAAAGUUACCUGUUGGUGAACAUUUGUGAUGUGUAAUUCUGUAUCAAAGAUGUUUUGAACAAAUGAAGUUAAUGGUUGUAAAAGUUUUAAGAAGUAUCAGAAUAACAUCUACUGUAGGUUUGGGUCUGGGGAGCUUGCUUAAGGUUCUUGGUUACAUGAUCUGAAAUUAGUUAUUGUAUGUAAUUAAGUCCAUAGUAUUUUAAAAUUGUACUUAAGUAGGUGUUGCAUAAAGUGAAAAUUCAUCAGCAAUAUGCAAUCAGUUAUGAACAAAUGUGGUGACAUUAGUAUGCAUUAUACCAGUGAGUUUUAUGUUAUAGUAUACACGUAUAUGUUAUGACAAGUUCAGCAGAUGCUAUUGGAUGAUGGAAACAUGUGUGGCAAAGCACAAUAUUAGUUAGAAACAUAAGGUCUCACCACUGUACGUACAGUAUCUUAAUAUAUAGAGUAAUAUUAUGAGUGUUGGCAGUAGAGUACUGCUGAAAGAUCAUAGCAGCACUGGAGUGUUUUAACUCAUAGUAUUGUCUGUUUAAUCAACAUUGUGAUCUGAUAAAGAUAUAACAGUGUGGUCACACUGCUUUAAGUUUGAAAAAGUUCAGAAAGUUUUAAGCCAUAAACUUGUAACUGAAUUUUAGGGUGUGUACUGUCACAGGUUCAGCAAAGCUAGACGUUGGCUUCCAUGAACUGUGGACUAUUGGCUCUCUUUUAACUUAUCUCUAUUUGUUGUGAACAAUAUUUGGUGGAAAAUAUUGUAAAACACAGACUUCAAGUACAUUCCAUGGACUUGGUGUUCUUUUGUCCUCUAUUUUCUGGUUCCUGUGGAAAUGUUUCUAAUUUUCUAAAAUAAAUGUUCUAAGAUAA